AUGUACGAAGAUUUCGAUGAAUCUGUAGAGGUACCUAACGCUCCGGAAAUAGAUACUCCGAGCUCUGAUUCCGGUUCGCCGGUUCCACCGUGGACUCGGAAGACAUCGGCCGCAACGGCAACAAAACAAACCGGACAAAUGGAAUCGCCUGAGCAAGGCCCGAGUAGAUCCGAAUUGUCGGAAAAACCUUCAAAACGACAUACCAGAUUGUCUAGACCGAUAGUGCAUUAUUCUCAAGACGAUUCUACCGGCGAUGACCUGGAUUUCGAUUAUGAUAUUGGAGGGGACUAUGGUGAUUUAGAUAAAAUCGAUUGUUUGGAAGCUGUUGAAGUUAAUCUGAUAUGGAACCAACUGUGA